GUCUUCGAAAGCUUGGCGGCGAUAUUGAAAUGGAUGUACUACGUUGCUGCCGGUCGUCGGUUCUUAUUACACUGCUACCGAGGCGCGCAUGAAAAGACAUGGAAAAAAUGGCUACUUGGACAACACCGCGCGUGCACCCAGUGACGAAUUCUAGCAUCUGCGUUACCAUUGGCUUAAAAUGGGCACGUGCACAUAACUAUCUGCCCUCUAGAGGGAAAUCUUUGAAUGUUGGCAUCCAUUUUGGAUUUCAUCUCCGUUUGAGUAUGGAAAAGAAAUGUUGUGUCAAGAACUGCCGCACGAACUCUGGAAAAAAUACCAAGGACAUUUUAUUCUUCAAAUUUCCGAAAGCUCGGAAUCAGAGGAAAGUGUGGGAGAAAGCCAUAAACGUGAGAUGUUUUAAAUCUAAUAAUGCCACACUGCUGUGCUCCCGCCACUUCCCUGAAAACAACUUUCACGCGAUUCGCGGUCGAUCAGUGCUGAAAAAAAGUGCAGUGCCAUCGCUGGAAUUAAAUCCAAAGCCCGAGAAGACACCAUUAUGUGUAAAGAAGCAACUAGGAAAAGAGACAAAAACGGGAGAGAAAAAGAGUUUGGAAAAGAGCACCAAACCAACCCCAAACAUCCAAUGUGAAGCAAAAGAGACGAAAGCGGCAGAGAAAAAGAACUUGUCAAAAUGUUUAGUUUGCCAGCAACCAGUUGCUUUCAUGUACGAGUUUCUCACCGACGCUCACGCCCACAGAGCAUUUGCCUUGAAGAAAUUCAUCUGUGGUCACUGCCUCCAUGAGUUUGACAGCUUCAGUGACAUGAUGUCGCAUGUCACUAGCAUUGGCUCGGCUAAGGAGUAUGUGCCUGACAGAAGUGAAGUAGCACCGGUUCCCCGAAUGGCUCCACGUCGAGAGUAUCCUUGUUCGCAGUGCAAUGCUGUCUUUGGAACCACUAUGGCAAGAGUCUAUCAUGAAGUUACUCAUACUGCUGUAAGUGAGGAAGAUUUCUGCAAGCAGUUGAAGCUCAAAGCAAAAGUUGUGGAUGCAUAUGACAGUACUAUCACAAGGCAUGAGAAGACUGCUGCAAGGAAGCCGCUACUAGCGGGGAGACGACGUAAGAUUCUUGCUACUGAUCCAUCUGAAAUAUGUUUCGAUGAACCACAAGAGAUAAGGAAAUCUCAGUUUCCUGAGCAUGAAAAACAAACUAAAAAGCUGUGCAAAGCAAAUACCCCAACUGGUAGAAAGCAGCUGAAUACCCUCAGUUCAUUAUCACUGCAGAAGAAACAGGAGCUUGUGUCAAUAGUGUACUGCAAUCGGUGUGAACAGAAAUUCAUGAGCCUAAGGCUUUUGGACAAGCACUACUGGUCUCAGCACCCAAACAUGGACAUCCCUUUGGACCUUGCUUUCGAGGUGGGCAGUGGGGAUGUGACACCUAGGUCGACUCCGUGCUCAGCAUGUGCUAAACAGACUGCAUGUGUAAAAGCUAUACAAAAAUUGCUUGAUGAAGCUGUAACUGACAUUGAAACAAUACCCUGAGACUGUCAGUGCUCUUGUUUUGAAAUAGCGCUGAAAAAAUGUAAGGCUGGUGGAAAGAGGAGCAACUUUGUCAUUUUUUCAUCAUUCAUUACUCUGUGGUUGUUGCUUGUCUCCUUGACUUAGUUGCCGUUUCUGUGGAAGUUCUGUGCAAGGCCACUUUACACUCCAUGAACCUGUAUAACAGCACUGAAGUGUCUGUCUGAGCCUCCUGCCAGCUUAUGUCCUCUGAUCUAUAAACGAAACGACCACAAUAAAAUGGCUAAUGUUGUUGGUGCUUGUAAAGCUGGAUUUGUUUGUUGUGAUAUGUAGAAGGCUGUCAGGGUUCAGUAUAAUGAAUUGUGGAGUGUUGAAUCUUCAUUGAAAAGUGCAAUGACCGAAAGUUAUUCUAAAUGCCUCAGACCUGGUGUUGAAGAUGCCAUACAUUUGAAUAAUGCAUGACUUGUCGAAACACCACACCUACACAAAUUUGUGUGAAACUUACAUGUUUUGGUCUGAAUGCCUUUUCCAGUGCUUAGUUAUGUAAGAAAUGGGCAUUAUUAUACUCUGUCUUUGUUUUGUGCUUUGAAGCAAUGCACAUUUGCAGGCACAUAUGUGCACAUUGCAGAUUUUUCAGUUUCAUAGAGAUUUUGUUUUAGUGUUUGACUUGGAUAAAGU